AAAUUUUAAUUUGGAAAAAAUUGCUGUUAACUUUCCUCACAACUGAAUGCAUCCUUCCUUGAUGUUUCUGUUUUCUAUGGGAUUCCUCUCAAGUUUAUGCAGUUGUUUCGAGAAACGGCAGAAACGCCGCGGCGGAGACGAAGCAGAUGACAAUGGAGAAGAAUCGUUUGAUUUGUUCUAUGAGCUCCGCGCUUUGCAAAUUGCUACUAACUUCUUCUCUGACCUUAAUCAGCUUGGUCACGGAGGGUUUGGACCCGUUUACAAGGGACUGAUGCCAAAUGGUCAGGAGGUUGCUGUAAAGAAGUUAUCCGUAGAUUCAAGACAGGGAAUAAAAGAAUUCACUAAUGAGGUGAAACUAUUAUUGAAAAUUCAGCAUAAAAAUCUGGUUGUUUUGUUCGGAUGUUGCAUAGAAGGACCUGCAAAGAUGCUUGUGUAUGAGUAUCUGCCAAAUAAAAGCCUCGACUGCUUCCUCUUCGCUAAGGAGAAGUCUCCAUCUUUGGAUUGGACGAAGAGAUUCCAAAUAAUUACUGGUAUUGCCAGAGGUCUUCUCUAUUUGCAUGAAGAAGCCCCUGUAAGAAUCAUACAUAGAGACAUUAAGGCCAGUAAUAUAUUACUGGACGAGCAAUUAAAUCCAAAGAUCUCAGACUUCGGUCUGGCUAGGCUGUUUCCAGAGGACGGCACCCAUGUAAAUACAUUUAAAAUCUCUGGUACAUAUGGUUAUAUGGCUCCGGAGUAUGCAUUACAUGGUUAUUUGUCCGUGAAGGCAGAUGUGUUUAGCUUCGGUGUUUUGCUAUUGGAGAUCGUGAGUGGAAGGAAGAACAGUGAUGGGCGGCUUGGUCCUCAAAAGGCAGACCUCUUAAGCUAUGCAUGGGGACUGUUUCAAGAAAGGAAAGCUUUGGAGCUGGUUGAUUCCAGCCUAGAAAACUAUGAUGCUGAUGAAGCAGUAAUGUGUAUUCAGUUAGGACUACUAUGCUGUCAAUCUACUGUUUCAGAUAGGCCAGAUAUGAACUCUGUCAAUCUCUCUCUUUCAAGUGAUUCAUUUAAGUUACCAAGACCUGGGAAACCUGCAAUUCAAGGCCGUGUGAGCAGAUGGACAACUGAUAGUUCUAGUGCCUUCACCAAAAAUACUACUAAUGCUAGUAGUACAUUAACUGGUGUGACAAAUGCUACUAGUACUACUAGGGCUUCCGGAGGCAGUAGUUUUGUUGAGGAUUUUUCUAGAAAUUCAAUCUCAUGUUCUUCUAUGAACGAAGGUAGAUGACCCCAUUUGUAUUGUAAAUUUGUAACGAGUUUGUUGUUUACCACUUUUUUAA